CCCAUUUCGAUUCACAGCAACGUCCAAUCCCUCAUUGCCGCCCUCAAUCCAAGCCGCCGUCUCCCUUGUUCCUCCCUCACUUUCUUUCUCCGGACCUCUCUCACGACCGCACCACCGCCAGACCUUUACCGCGUGAAGUUAGGGCAUUCACGUGGUUGACUCCUCCCCUAAUCUGAUCUUCACCUGUCUGCGGUUUGACACAGCGGAAAUUCCAACUCAACCCACGUCACGGUCACAAUACAGCCAUCUCAUCACAAGGCCGACUGACUCACGCGCAUCUUGGCACGCCGAUACGGUGGUCUCACCUGCCACCAGUCAACCGCCCCUCAGUCUACCCUCUCUUCGAAACCAUACACUCCUCGUCUUAGCGAAACCCACACUCCCCUACCAUCAUGGCACAUACAACCGCAGAGCAAGAGCUGCAGCAGCGGAACCGACUACCAACUCUGAUGGAGGUUUUAGGACGAAGGACUUUAGCACCAGUCGAUCUAUUCUCCUUCUACAUUUACAUGCGUGACCAACAACGAUCAGUCGACUAUUUGGACUUCUGGCUCGAUGUGUCCCAGCAUAUGUCUUUAUGUCGCCACUACGUUCGGGAACUUCGACGCUCGAUGCUCGUUGAUACUCCAGAAAUGGAAAAGGCCACUAGCAAACGCUCAUCGCAGUAUCUUGACAACCUCGAUCUAGGUGACGCCAGUACUGAUCACAGAAAGAGUGGCCACGAAUCAAGAGUCUCGGCCUUCCUCAGAUCUGAAAAUCCCAAUGCGCGGAAGUCAACUAGUCGAGAUGGUGGCGGCGCCGACCACUCGCCCUCCCAUAGCCUGGGAUCUGCUCACUCCAGAACCUUCGGACGUCAAUCGGGAGACAGGCCCUCAGCCGGUGAACUGCUCCAGCCGACCCAUUCCACCCCAGAAAUCCGCACUGAUUCGAAUUCUCCGGGCCACAGCGUUGCACGCGCGGACAUUAAGGCAAGCGCAGAGAAAAUCCUAUACACAUUUGUGCUGCCAGGUUCGGAACGUGAAAUUGUUCUCCCGGACUCCAUGCUCAACCGCAUCAUUCGAGCAAUCGAGGAAGAGGGCCGCGACGACCCUGAAGUUUUUGAUGAUGCCAAAGACUAUGUAUUUCAGGCCAUGGAACGAGAUGCCUUUCCCGGCUUUCUCCAAGCAAAGGCCUUGGGAAACCUGGUCCCGCUCAGUGUACUCAUCCGACUGAUUAUUGGGCUUUCCAGUCUGAUGGCUGGCUUCUGGGGAGGUUUCUUUAUGAUCCUCCGAGAUCUCUCUAGAAGGACAAGGUGCUGGCUUAUCUUGCCCUUCACCAUCGGAGCAUACUUCCUCAUCUCUUACCAGUACAAGCUCGAUAUUGUGGCCGCAUACCUCGGAUUUAGUGAAUAUACGUGGAUGAAUUGGUCACGGGUGAGGGAACCGUUUGUCAGAAGGCUUCUUCUGACUAGAGCGACCAUCGCCCUCCUCGUCUUUGUGGCUGUGGCUGUGGCACUCAGCGUUCUUUUCAUCUUUGUGCCGGGCACCAAUUUCUAGCUAACUCCUCGUGGAGUGGGAAGGACCGGAGUCGAAUGGUCAUGCAAGUGGAGUUUUCUGUCAAAUGUCAACAAGGGUCGAGCAGGCCGGCGUGCAUUCAUCCACAACAUGCAAUUUCAAGUGCAGCCCAUCAUCCCCUGGGUCUGCGCGGAGGCAGUUUGCCUUUGAUCUACAGCGUAUCAUGCAGUCGAGGGCGCAAUUUGCACUUUGUAACAGUCAAGCCAUGCAAACUUUCAUCACUUUUAAUCCAUGGAGAGUCGUG